UGCCGGUCAAGUGAGUGCAAGACUAACAGUACUAUAUGUAUUGAGUCUGGCUGUCCAUCGCACGCUUUCUACGACGCGCCCAAAAAUCAAAAGUCAAGCAACCACACGGAAGGGCAAUACAUAGGCACUCAGAAGGAGCUGCAGACGACCAUGGCAUCUGUGAUAUGAGGAUUGCCCGAGCAACAGCAGCUAUAUGAGUACCGUUGAUGAUCAAACCUCUUCUGCGAUGUUCCUCGGGGACUCGCCCAUUAUUCAGGAAUCAACCCCCGGACAAGCACUUCUUCGGCAGAUUCUACAGUGUCAUGCGAGCCAUGCAACGGCCGUCGCCCGUAUUGCCCAGCAAGGAUUCAAAAAGACAAAACAAAGGCCUUGUGAGGCAUGCUACAACAUCGCGAGAAACACCAUCAGAUGCCGAAGUCGGCGGCAAAGACCGUAUCCAUCGGCCGAGCUUAUUCGAGCGACAUGUAGCGCGAAUCGCAGACUCUAUGCUUUCCAUCGAUUUCAAUCAACGCAAGUCGAAGAAUCAGCUAGAUCAAUUAUACCGACAACGAGGAAGUUGGCGUCGGCGACUGCGAGAUUCAGGGGACGCCAUACUACAAGAGCGCUUACGAACAUUGGAAGAAGCGAUUCGGCUGUUGCGACAAGCACUACUCAAGCCUAGUGUACGUGAUGCUUCUGGCUUUUCUCAAGUUCCAGACUACUCUCUCGAUAGUAUUGUGGCGAAGAGGUUAGACAACGAUGUUCUCGACUUGUUGAGGGAACCAGCCGUCCGUCAAUUGCAGGACCUUGCAAGGCUCCUCUCUGAUUCAUCUACUCCACCAAGUGUCAAGACGUUCAAUAUUAUGAUCUCGCGUCUCACUCGACUCCGCCAAAACACAGCUGCAUGGACAGUCUUCCAAGCGAUGCUCAGAUUAGGCUACAGGCCAGAUGAGUAUACAGUGGCGAGCGUUCUAAACUUGUGUAUUGUCACGGGGGACUAUGUCGAUUUUCGAAAAGUACUCGCAGCCGUCCGGUUGCAACAAGCAGCUUCGCAUCGCAAGCGAAGAGGACUCCUCUUCUUCAGCACAGCCAUCAAGGGACUCACCAAGUUUGGUCAUUUGCGACAUGCAGAGACGUACUUCAAUUUGAUGGUUUGGGAGGGAGUGAAGCCCACUUCUGUAGUGUUGACAGCUAUGCUGCAAGGUUUUGCAGCACGAGGAGCCUGGGAGAGGGGCAGGCCGUAUUUCGAAAGGCUCGUUCGAAUGCCUUGGGACAGGCUCACGGUUGUGACGCUGCUACGGCAUUGCGCUGCGUGCAAACAACCGGUCGCUGCUUCAAGAAUACGUGCGAUGGCUGCAAAGAAGGGCGUUGUACUUGGGCAUGGCGAGGAGGACCUCGCACAGCUGCCGAUUGGAUGGAAGACAAAAGGGCUGGAUGUUCCCGACAGCAUGAAGUUACCUGGCCGCAAUGACAUUGGUAUGCUUCGAAAGCAGAGAUUCACGAGAGCAAAGGAACGCGAGCCAGUGGCAAUCGAGAAGCCCUGGAGGCAAUGGCAUAAUGGCAAAUGGGAAAAGCACAAGGCGUCAUCUUGACAUGUAAUAAUAUAGCAUCAGCAUCUUCAUUGGCAUAUUAAACCAUAUUUUUUGCAUUAGAAAGGAAAC